AUGUUUAGCUCACAACCACCAGAGCAAUUUUCCCAGUGCAGCAUAGAUGAUCUUGAGACUUUACUUUUGGAUAAUGUUGGACAUUGUCUCUUUAACCAACCAACAAAGGUACAUUGUGAAAUAUCCGCUAUCUUCAAUGUUUCCUUCUUACUUUUCAGUAUGCAUUUACAUGAUAAGCAACAGUAACAGGCAAUUAAUAGUCUUGGUAUUAACAUCUUAUAGAGCGGAAGAUAUCGAUGGUGAUUAAUUAUAAGUUCAAAAAUGUUUCCACUCAUAGGAACAUGACAAGUAAACUACAUCUACAGAUAAUUGCGAGAUUCCUACGAAUUUUAUAUAUUCCUUUAUUCCAGUUUGCAACAGACGCAGCCUGUGGCAAUGGUUUUGUGGAGGAUGGAGAGGAAUGUGACUGUGGUACACAAGAGGUGACUGAAAAAAUUAACUUUUCCUAGCCAUGUUUCCCAAAGAUAGACAAACCAGAAAACAUCGUUUGCUAGUCAUGUUUUCCAAAGGUGGGAAACCACUCGAACCAGGAAACAUUGUUUCAUGGACAUGUUUCCCAUAGAUGCAGAAAACAGGUAACAUUGUUUCAUAGACAUUUUCCCAGUGAUGGAAAUCAAGAAACAUAUGGCUUCCUAUCAACGUUUUCUGGAAGUGGAAAAUGUCUUUUUCGAAGUGGAUGUUCACCCAAAGUACAAUUCCAGUACAAUAUUUUCAAUUUUUCAGGACUGUGUGCGUGCUAACAAUACUUGCUGUAAUUAUACUUCGUGUACGCUGUAUGAAAAAGCCCAAUGUGCUGACGGAGUUUGCUGUAGUGACUGCCAGGUAUGGAAUGAAUAUACUGUUGUAUGCAGCAACUUGAAAUGAAUGAUCUUGUAUUAGAAAAGGAAUAAUAUGGCAUCAAACCUGUGAAAACUUAAUUUGUAUCCUUAUCUUUAUUAAGCAACAUAAAAAUUUUGGUCUUGACUCUAGCCUUAACUGCGAAGUGACCGUCUUCAAAUUUGGUUAAUUGAUUGAUUUUUUUCAGUUUAUCUCUGGAGGUACAGUUUGUCGUGAAGCUGUAAACUCGUGCGAUGUUCCGGAGUAUUGUAAUGGGACAAGUGAAGUGGUGAGUGUCAUAAGUUCAUAAUUUAUUAUAUACUACAUAAUGAGAUGGAUGAGUAAGAUAUUUUUCAUAUCUUCAUAACUUCCCGACAAUUUCCCACCAAUUGCAUUGUUUACAAGUUGUUAUUUUGCAGCAGGAAUGGCGAGGUUUGUGAAAGUGUUGAACGAAGUUUUUAAAAGUCGUUUAGCGAGGAGGAAAACGUUUUAUGAUAUGGUUUUCAUUGAUUUUUUCGUCACCGAGAGCGAAAGUAGGAAAAUUGAGGGAGCUAAUCGUUUUAUAGUUUUGCUAGUAUGAAUGCUGCAGUAAACAUACUUAUAAAACAACAUGUAUAUAACGUGUGCUCUGAGUGGUGGAAACCCGUGUUUGGAUCAGGCCAUCCAAACACGGAAAUUUAAAGUGAAAGCUUUUUAAAGUGAAAUUUUAACACGGAAAGUUGUUAUUAAAUUUUUAUAUAACAAUUACUUUAUGGAUGGCCUGAUCCAAAAACUUGGAAAUGCUGCUCGAGUUAAGAAGAGCGCGCAAAAUCACUCGCCUUCUGCUCGUGUUUCGCGCUUUUCUUAACUCUUGCAACAUUCUCGCGUGUUUGGAUCAGGCCUGAUCAUCAGGCCAUCCAAGCACGGAAACCAUAAAGUAAUUGUAUGUUACGUUUCGAACUUGAGUUGCUUUAACUUUCGUCUUUGUUUACAACUAUCUAAUUAAAAGGACUUCAUAAAAAUCUUGUUUUCACCACUAGUUUUCACCUACCUAGAGGUAGUGUGACACGGAUCGAACAAUUUUGAACAGCAAUUCGAAAUGCAAGUUGUUGCUGAGCCGGUCAAUAUAACAUAAUUUACAUUGCGAUAUUGUUCUGUUAACCGUAAAAUCGCAUUAAAUGUUUAUCAUUAUACGUAGUCCGUAACGUAGUAUAUAGCGAUGGUAACUUGUUGUUUUCAAUCGUAUCCAGUCACUUGGUGAAAAAUUAAUUUAAAAUCUGAAUGCCCCGAUCACUGGCCGCAACCGUAAACCCAAGGUGUUUGGUUUAACGUACCUGCACUAGAUUUCAACUCUUUGUAACAUUUCAGUGUCCUGCUAAUCUGGUAACGGUGAAUGGCAUAUCCUGUGGUAAUAAUCAG